AAUUAUUAAUUAAGAGAAGGGGAGGCCAAUCCCACUAUUGAUCGAGAAUGUUUGUUGAUACAAGCCAUUUGCCUCCUAAAUUAGAAAACAUUGUUCACUCAGAUCCCAACAUAUCAAGUUCACAUAUUGAGGAUGAUAAUGCAGAAAAUAAUAGUAAUUAUAAUGCAAGACACAGUAGUUUCUCUGCCUAUGAAGCGAAUCGUCUUAGUGGUGAAGGGUCUCCAAUGAUGAUGUCUCCAUGGAACCAAGGCUCUCCAUGGUCUAAAUUUGAUGACGGUCAUAAUUCCCAAAAUAUCCCUCAAAUUAAUGGACUUAUUGGUUCACUUGUGCGGGAAGAGGGUCAUAUUUAUUCUCUGGCUACCAAAAACGAUCUUCUCUACACAGGAUCUGAUAGCAAAAAUAUACGUGUGUGGAAGAACCUCAAGGAAUUUGCAGCUUUCAAAUCCAAUAGCGGACUUGUCAAAGCCAUCAUUAUCUCAGGAGAUAAAAUAUUCACCGGUCAUCAAGAUGGAAAAGUUCGUGUUUGGAAGAUCCAAGCAAAGAAUCCAGGUACCUACAAACGUGCUGGAACUUUGCCUAGUUUCUUUGAUAUUUUCAAGGCAUCCAUUAAGCCUAGCAACUACGUCGAAGUCAAGCGUAAUAGGAGCGGUUUAUGGAUCAAGCAUGUUGAUGCCAUAUCAUGCUUGAGCAUGGAUCAAACCCGAGGUCUUCUCUAUUCUGCUUCAUGGGACAGAACAUUUAAGGUAUGGAACGUUGAUAACUCAAAAUGCAUAGAAUCAGUGAAAGCACAUGAUGAUGCAGUGAACUCAGUGGUGACAAGCAUGGAAGGCAUAGUGUUUACAGGAUCAGCUGAUGGAACAGUGAAGGUUUGGCAGAGGGAGAACUCAGGGAAACACCCAAAACAUGUAUUUGUUCAAACACUUUUGAAUCAAGAAUGUGCAGUGACAGCAUUAGCUGUUAGCAAAUCUGGUUCAGUGGUUUACUGCGGUUCAUCUGAUGGUGUUGUCAAUUUUUGGGAAUGCGAGAAGCAAUUAUCACAUGGUGGAGUCCUCAAGGGACACAAAUUGGCUAUUUUAUGCCUUGCUGCUGCUGGGAAUUUGGUACUUAGUGGAUCAGCUGAUAAAACAAUAUGUGUUUGGAGAAGGGACAAAUCUAUACACACAUUGUUAUCUGUAUUAACUGGUCAUAAUGGACCGGUCAAAUGUCUAGCUGUAGAAGAGGACAAAGAAUCCACUGGAACUGAUCAGAAAUGGGUCGUUUAUAGUGGAAGUUUGGAUAAAUCAGUAAAAGUUUGGAGUGUUUCAGAGAAGGCGCCUAUGAUGAUACAAAAUAAUAUGCUUGGAGAUAAUGUCACCUGGGAUUCUGUUACAUCUGCUAAAUAUUGA